ACCAUGUCCAUCACCUUCUCUCUCUCUGUCUCUCUCUCUCUCACACGCACUCUUUCUGCCACAAGUACACAAUUUCACAUUCUCUCUCCCUUAAAAAUUAACUACCCAUCUCAUUACAAACCGAAUUAGCAACGACACAUGAGGAGUCCUACCAAACCAGAAAAAAAGAAGAAAGCGAAAUAAGCUAAGCGAAAGAAACGAAAGCUAAGGGAGCAGUGUAGUACUGCCAAAUCAGCCAACAAACCCUUUCUUUGCAGACUUCUGCAGAACCUCCUGUAGAGAGAGAGAGAGAGAGAGAGAGAGUGAGUGAGUGAGUACUGAGUUCCCUAGGCACAGCUCGACUGAUUCAAAACGGACACCUACACCUCUCUCCCUCUCUCUCUCUCUCUCUCUCUCUUCCAUUCCGCAGUUCCAUACCCCCAGGAGACUGAGCUAAAGAAAACCCAAAUGCAUACUCAUCGGAAAAAGCCCUAGAUCCAGAUUCAUCUGUUAUUUUGCUGCAAGAGCUUCAUGUAAUGAUAAACAUUAAUCAGAAAUGGAAAACAUUCCUGCUCUUUCCGAAAUUUUCCCUGUUGUGGGUCAGCCAUUGACUGCCCUCACAGCUUCCACGAGAGAUGAUGCAAGUCGAACUUGGAAAGGAAAGAACUCUUUUUCGGAUCUAGAGGAACUUGUGUCUGAUGUUGUUACAUUUAAGGGUAGCCGUGACUCACUUGAGGAUGUUGGCUCUACUUCUUUUUCUGGGGUUAGCCAUCCCCCAGAACCAGUUGAUAUAGAUUCAAUGAGACCAGUCUAUGUCCCAAUUGGUAAAAGCCAAUCAGAGGGUAAAUGCUUAGUAAAGAGCUUAUCUAUGAAGGGUCCUUUCAUAGAAGAUCUUUCAAUUCGGGUUCCUGGCAUUAAAUCAAGCACGUCUGUUCUUUCGCCUGCUGAGAGCUUGAUUGAAGAACCAAAUGAUUUGGGUACAAUAUCUCCACCAAUUUUUUCAGUUCCUCGUCCAUCGCAAAACACAGAGAACACUCUUCUCCCCCAAGAUUCAGAGGAAAAGGAAUGUAUUUGGGAUGCUUCUUUGCCUCCUAGUCCACUUAGUAGCAUGGAUAGUACAGGAGUGGUGGCAGCUAUGAGUAUUGUCAAUAGCUACACUAGUACAUACAGGAGUGAUGGGGUUAUGAGCGAUGGCAUGCUUAGCCUGGACAAGAACUUUGAGAGUAUGAAAGGGAGUGUGAGAGGGUCUUCACUGGAGAGUGCAAAAACUAGCAUUAGCCGGGCAAGUGAUAGCAGUGGUCUUAGUGAUGACAGUAAUUGGAGUAACCUUACUGGGAGUGCCAAUAAGCCUCACAAAGGUAAUGACCCCAGAUGGAAAGCUAUUCUAGCCAUCCGGGCACGAGAUGGAAUUGUGGGCAUGAGUCACUUCCGAUUACUCAAACUGCUUGGUUGUGGAGACAUUGGCAGUGUGUAUCUCUCUGAGUUGAGCGGGACCCGCUGUUACUUUGCAAUGAAAGUGAUGGACAAGGCAUCGCUUGCUAGCAGGAAGAAGUUGACGAGAGCUCAAACGGAAAGAGAGAUUUUGCAGCUGCUGGACCAUCCAUUCUUGCCCACUUUAUACACUCAUUUUGAGACAGACAGAUUUACAUGUUUAGUCAUGGAAUACUGUCCAGGAGGGGAUCUGCAUACCCUGAGGCAACGGCAACCAGGAAAGCAUUUUUCAGAGUAUGCAGCAAGGUUCUAUGCAGCAGAGGUUCUUUUAGCGCUGGAGUAUCUCCACAUGUUGGGAGUCAUCUACCGAGACCUUAAACCAGAAAACGUCCUAGUACGUGAUGACGGCCACAUAAUGCUAUCAGACUUCGACCUUUCUCUCCGAUGCGCAGUCUCACCCACACUAAUCAAAACCUCCUCUUUCAACUCCAAACUCUCCAAAACUUCGUCAGGCUCAUUCUGCAUCCAACCCACCUGUAUUGAGCCCACAUCCGUAUGCAUCCAACCUGCAUGCUUCCUUCCCCGACUCUUCCCCCAAAAAACCAAGAAAAAAACUCUAAAACCCCGACCUGAACCGGGCCUGCCAUUGCUACCGGAGCUAGUCGCAGAGCCCACUGCUGCCCGAUCCAUGUCCUUCGUUGGGACCCACGAGUACUUAGCCCCCGAAAUCAUCAAGGGAGAAGGCCACGGAAGCGCAGUCGAUUGGUGGACGUUUGGCAUUUUCUUACAUGAACUGCUCUAUGGUAAAACUCCGUUCAAGGGUUCAGGAAACCGGGCAACUCUUUUCAAUGUGGUGGGACAGCAACUCAAAUUCCCUGAGUCGCCAGCUACGAGUUAUGCAAGUCGGGACCUGAUUCGGGGGUUGCUUGUGAAGGAGCCGCAGCAGAGGCUAGGAGUGAAGAGGGGAGCGACCGAGAUAAAGCAGCAUCCGUUUUUUGAAGGUGUGAAUUGGGCUCUGAUCAGGUGUAGCACGCCGCCGGAAAUUCCUAGACCAGUGGAGUAUGAGCUGCCCGGGAAGUUUGGGCAGGUUAACCCUGUCGGGAUCGGUGGUGGCAGUAAGAGGAUGAUCGGAACGGAGGUGAAACCCGGAGGCAAGUACCUGGACUUUGAGUUUUUCUAGUUUCUGGGUUACGUGAAUAAUGUGGUGUGUUGUGUUGGUGUAUCAUCAGGCAUUAUGAUAAUGCACUUUAACCCCAUUACAAAAGAAAGUCUUGGUUUCAA